AUGUUAUCAAUAGGCGGUCUAAAGGCCCGUCAUGUCCAAUUAAUCGCGAUAUCCAUUUUCGUCUUGUACAUGUAUUACACCUACGUGGCUUUCAACCGUUCGAACCAAUUCGCCAAUUCGCAAUCGAAAUGGAUAGACUACCCCGCAUCUUCGAAAUCUCCUUCCCAUUUCUCACAAGUUCCGAAUAAUUUAUCAUUUUCCGCCCAAGUCGGCACAGUUCGAGAAACUUCGCCUUUUGCUCACAAGGAACAUUCACGCACCCUAGGAACCGGUGGUCUUUUUGUUAUAUCGCUUAAACGCGUCGAGAAUCGACACAAGCAGAUGGAAUCGCUUGCUCGGGCCCUUGAUGUGGAUUUUUCCUUCUUCGAUGCCACAGAUUACAAAUCUUCUGGUGUCUAUGGUUUAGAGAGACUUGAGCGAAUCCUUGACCGCAUACGGUGGCAACGAGAUCGCCUAGACGAAGAGGAUGUCAACGACGAUACCGUGGUAGCUGGCAACCACCCGAAGCCUUCGGACACCAAUCCCAAUAUGAUACUCGAUGCAUUCCCGUUUCAAUGGUCCAAAGAUGCUCUUGAAAAUCUAGCUGAUCCCUUAGCGAACGAGCUGGGUAUUUCCGGGGCUGAUUAUUGGACGUUGGAGUUGGAGCGUUUGUACGCAGGCGAAGACUUGGACGAGGCAAAAGUUUGGGAAGAGCAGCAUCCGAUGCCCUCUUUUUGGCAGGAUGAAACGUGGAGAAAAUCGCGGGAAGCUUGGGUGAAUCCUUCUUUUGUCAGAAAUUCACUAGAGACGACUCAACACCUAACGCUCGCUGAAAUCGCUUGUACCGAUUCGCAUAUGCGUGCUAUCCGAGAAAUUGUACGAAGAAAACUUGACUCUGCCAUUAUUUUUGAGGAUGACAUCGACAUCGAAUUUUCCAUUGAACGAAUCCUUCGACACGAAUGGUCCUUCCUACCCUCAACCUGGGAUAUCCUCUACCUUGGACACUGCUGGUCGGGCACCGAACCCGACCAACCUCUCAUCGACCCAAAAGCAACUUACCUCCGCAAAACUCGGCACACCCUAUGUAAUCACGGCUACGCCGUCUCCCUUCGAGGCGCACACAAACUCACUCGAUUCCUUCGUUCUCCUGAUUUCGCUUAUUCACGGCCGGUAGACCAUCUUAUCAAGGAUUUGAUACAGAUGCAUUAUUUGGAGAGUUACACGUUCGUUCCAGCGCUGGUUGUGCAGACGAAGGAAGAUGAGAGUCAAAUCAGGAUGGGUCAAACGAAUAGUGCAUGGAAGGAUAUGAGUGGAGAGUGGCUUCUGGAUUCGACGAGGGAGAGGAUAGCAAUGGUUAGGAAUUUGACCGGUGGAUGA